CAUUAGGUGAUGUACAUUAUACAUGUAAUAAGGUGAUGUUACCUAUCAAUGUAGUUAAAUAAGGUAAUAAAACAAGUAAUAUCAAAAGUGAUUAGUUGACACGAAGUCUUAUUUUAUUUGAAUAAGUUCCAUCACGGAACAUAACACCAACUUAUAUACAUUUUUAAAACGGCAAAACUAUGAUAAAGAGGAGCAGACAAAUGUAUUUGCAGUAACCCUGAAUUUAAUGAGGGUUUCACCGGUAGGUACGUAUUUAUAUUUAAAUAUUAACGUACUGUCCAUAUAAUUAACUUUUUAUGUUGUCUCAUUUAUGAAGUCGCGAGAUGUGCAUUAAAGUUAGUGUCAACUAGGCCUCUUAUCAGUAUCGCGAGGUAAUUAUCACCCAAUAAUGUAACUCGUUAAUAUAACAUUAAAUGAUAUAAAUAAAAUGUGUAAAACCAACCCCAACAAUCGAGGUCACUUUUUGUCGACGUCAUUGCGAUGAAAUUUGUAUGAUCAACACGGUGUAUGGACGUACGUGUUUAAUUGUAAUUUUGUUUUAAUUAUUAACACAAUGUUGUAACCGAAAUAAAUCAGAUGAACAUCAAGGUGAUCAGGAAGCGAUGUUGGUAUUGUUUUUGUCAUAAUUUGUUAUAUUUUGUUUCAUUUGGUUUUUUAUACUCAUAUAUUAUCUUAUACGAAUUCAACCUUCCAUCUUAUUUUAACCCCGUUUGCUUAUUUUAUCUACAAUGUGUUUUUCAUGAUGAAUGUGAAUAUUAUAUUAUUUGAUCGAAUUGUUGAUAUUACGUUUUGAAAAUAUCUCAUGUACAAAAAAAAAACACAGAAGAAAUGAACAAUAAAACAUGCUAUUUUUAAAUCACAUUUCCUCGACAAAUUAAAAUCAGGUAACUUACAUAUGUUAUCACCAGGUGACCAGGCAACUAAUGUGCAUAUAAUCGAGGGAAAAUUUCAUGACAAAUGAGCAUAUUAUCUUGUGCUUAAUCCGUCUACAUUGACCUGUAUAGGCAUCAGAGGAACUCAUUAUUAAAAGUAUUGACCUUUUGGUAGACUGAUACACAGAUUUGCUUAAACGAAUUUUUAAACGUACUGAUGAAUGAGCAGACUUGUUAAAUUCCUAUUCAUUUCCAAUUUAAAUUUAUAAGAUAUGUGCAACAGGGAUAGACCCAAAUGAACUUCAAACAAGUGCGGUCACAACUUAAGCCUAAUAAUUAAUAUACAAUGGUAAAAGUGAACAAAUGUAUUUUACUAAGUUAAUCUAACAUUUCUCAUGUCUGUUUAAAACCAAAAGGAUUGACAAACCAAAUAGGAACGUACGUUAAUUCAUCGGUUCCACAUUGUAAAAAUCGAAAUAAUAAUCAAAAUUAUCAAAGAUGCACGUUCACCUAAAAAACACUGUAAAUAUGUUUGGUUAAGAACAAGAUGUAGUAAACAAAAUCAAACCUAUUGAAAUUAAGAAAAACAAUUAAUUUGAAAGUUUUACAAUACCUGACGAAUGGCUUCUUUUAAGUAAAAUUUACAACAUACAAAUAUUUAGUAUUUGACCGUAUUCCCAUUAUUAAUAUCUAGAUAUGUACAAUACUUAUUGAACCUCUCGAAUGUGAUAUUUGUAUCGUGUAUUAUAUUUAGAAUCGGAAAAAAUGGUCAUUUUUAAAAAUUGAGGUCAUGGGUUUUCCGUUAUUCAUGUGGAAAAUACGAGUUCUCUCCCUUUAAAAAGACCUCCUACCGAAUUGUACUCAAUACGGAUUGGCAAUGGCAGGAUACAAGAUAUAUUAUUUUCUUCUGACUCUAGCUCUUGGAGUCGGCGGGUUCAGCCAUUUCUGCGGGAUGUCUUCAUACAAAUUGGCUGAGCAAAUCUGCUGUGACUCGAAGCUGUCUAACCUGACUCAAGAUGGCCAGAUUGUCGAAUGUUGUACAACAAGCGGUACAACAUAUAAACCGGGGAGUGAGCUUUGCUGUGGAGACGUUUACAAUAGAACUGAUUUUGAAAAGCAAAACUUCUCCUGUUGUAAUGGGAAGCCUAUCAAGAAAGUAGGAGAGAUAUGUUGCGGCGGGGAAAUAAUCUCAUCAGAAGGAGGCAGAGGUUGCUGUGGAAAUAAAUCCUAUGAUUUAGGAAGAGGACGAUGUUGUAAAGACAAACUGUAUCAUAGGAAAGAUUUCAAAGGAAGAUGUUGCGGAAAUGAAACAUACGACAAUCGAACACAUCAAUGUCACAGGAAAAACUCAUUUGUCUUGCCGAUAUACCUUCAACGUUGUGGUACUAAAAACAUAAAUACAGGGACACAUACCUGCUGUAACGAAGAUACCCCUGUUGACAUCACCGGAUACAGGGGAGAGUUCCCACCUGUCUGCUGCAAUUAUAAAAUAAUUCCUGAUAAAAAAGCGUUCCGCUGUUAUUUAGACCGCAUUCUUUCGAUAAACCAGUCACUGUGUAAAAACGAAACUGAUAAAGGUGAAAUAUACAGUCUGUACAACCACCACGAUCAAUGGUGCUGCAAUGGCAAUAUUGUUCAGAAAAACAGCACUUCAGGUCGGAGAGAAACAUGCUGUGGGUCAGGGGUGAUUGAUUUAUCGACACACCGAUGUUGUGCCGGGAGACAUCCCUACAUCGACUUCGAGCACUGUUGUGGAGAUACCGUGGUCUUCAGCAAGGAAAGGUGUUGUGGGACAGCAAUACUCACUAAGGAACAAGUAUGCUGUAAUGAGUCGAACAAGAUCUUCCCUGUGCAGAAGCAAUCAAAAUUUGACGAUGGCUGCUGUAACGGGAAAUCGUACCAAAGAGUUCGAACAUGUUCAAGAGAUGAUCGAACACCAACAUGCGGAAAACAACUGUUCAACACCAGUGAAGACAAGUGUUGCAGCAGCAACCUCCACAAAGGUGCGAACGGGCCAGAUAUAGAGUGUUGUGGAGCUCACAUUCGUAACAUAACUUAUCAGGACUGCAAAUAUGGACGACCAAAGAACAAAACAGUAAUUAAUCCUAGUAACGGGUACAGCAAACCCCACCUGUGUGGGAAAAGGAAUAUCAGGGUUCGAAAAAGGAAAGACAAAUGCUGUCAUAACAGGUUCUACAAAAAUGCAAAGCUCAAUGGUCUACGGUGUUGCGGUGCUGAAGUAUACGACAACAAUACUCUGAAAUGCUGCUUUGGUAAACCGGUGCCCCUGAACAGUGUCAGUUGCAAGAGAAGGCGCCGAAGACAUAACCUCGAACGAUCACAACCUUUGAGGUGUUCCCCCCCCAGCGUGGGUCCGAAGGAAAAUUCUGAAGAACAUAGAUUGCAUCCAACACGCCUAUGUCAUGAGGAAAGAAUUUAACGGACAUAAUUACCGGACAAAAAAAGACCUUGCUCUAAAGAAAAGUAAAGGAGGAACUAGGAUCUGGAAUGCGACGCCUUUUUGUAAACAUGUUUUAAGUCAUCGCCGUUUCAUUCUCAUCACUUUUCCAUCUGGAAAUUAUACUUUAAAAUAUUCAAACAAGGCUAGAAACAUUAUCAAACGGGUACGACAAUGUUAUAUUUCAUAAUUUCUUGAAUAUUUUGUUUUUUUACGUAAACCGAGGGUGCGUCUCAAUCCUUUUACUCGCAAAUAACUUAUAUGAUAGUAAAUAUUUUAAGAAGUAUUUCUUUACAAAUUCAUUAAAAAGGGCAUUAAGGAAUACUUCUGUUUUCUGUAUAUCUAAAUAUCGUCAUUUUUUGAAUGUCAUUUAUUUAUUGUAAUCGUACACGUUUUCAUUUUUAACGUAAUAAUUGUUCAAAGAAAAUAAAAGUUAUACAAAUUUGAGAUAAAGCAGAACUGUAUUAUGCAAUAAUACACUCCGAUCUAUAUAUACCAUGUAACCUUGUAGAAUGCCACUCUGCCUGCGUUUAUACCAUGACAACAUGGUCAUUUGAAGUAACCAGAAAUACAUCGAAAUUGUGAUGUUUUGUCUUCUGAGAAUGAGGUUUUGCGAACUAUCGAAUUCCAACAAUUGAUAAAAAAGUGUAAAUACACUUAAAGGAUUAAUUUUGUCACUUCAUGUACAUUCCGUGACAUUUGACUAAGGAAAUUGUACUCUUUAUAUUGCAAAAAGGUACAACAUAUCAACCUUUAAUGUCUAACAUGUGUUAGGUAUUUUUUUUAUGCAUAUCUGUCUUUUUUCAUUGUUAAAUCAAAAUACAUGUAAAUACUCAAAGGUGUUGAUGGUUAUAACGCAAUCAUACUUUACCAAAUAAUUUAUGUUUAUCAGCAAAUUGAAAUCAAUUUAUUAAAAAAUGAUGAUCAAUAAAUAUAACUUCAGCAUCAACUUCCCUUAAAUUUUUGCGAAACAUAACCAGCAAAGUCUAAGGCGUUUUUUUUUUUUUAUUUCAAUCACCAAUAUGUACAUACUCAUUUUAUUUAUUAUAAUGUAUCACCUUAAAAUAUGUCCAAUCGUUCCAUUAGUUUUAAUGUAAAGUGUGUACUUAGCGUGAUUUGAUGAGAUUAAUCAUGUUUAUUGUUUAUACGAAAAAUGGCUAUUACAGUUUUUCACACAUUUACUACAACACAUACAAAGUAAUGAAUAAUAUUUAUUAUUCCAUCGUUCGUAAAAUCAACAAAUAGUAAAAGUAUGCAAAAGGGAACGUUAUCUAGAUGUUAAUUUAUGUUUUAUCUAUAAAUUGUUACAGUUUCCUAGGCACAUUGUACACACAUAAACAGUUUAGAUAAUAUCUUGUUUACUUUUUAUCAAUGAAAACAGUUUAGAUAAUAUCUUGUUUACUUUUUAUCAAUGAAGAUGGUGAAAAUUGUUUUAUCGUUAACAAAGAUACAACAAUACAAGCAUCAUAUAAUUAAACAAAACACUUGCAUAUCAAAUAGGAAAGAUCGAUAUUUCUUUCAAAAUUUGGUAUUUUAGUUAUAUUUCUCAUGCACUUUUGUUGAAUAAAUGGUGCCUAAUAUAUAUAUAGGAAAUUAUACUUUUAAAUAUAUUUUAAUAUAUGUUAUUCUGGCCAUUGAACUUUUGUCAGUGUAAGUAUGACCAUUCAAUACUACGGUUCAGACAAUUGUAACAUUCCAUUUACAUUUAAACAUAACCAAAUGCCAUUACAAAAUAAUAGCUGGAGAAUCACUGUUUAACUUCAAGGUUACCUCCGAUUGCAUUUAUCUAUCAUUCCGUUUAAAUCAAAUGUUUAGAAUCGUUAUUACGGGUUUUAAUCGUACAUCGCUAAUUAAUUAUAUCUUUCCGUAAUAACAUCAAAUGUGAGUAAUGUUAAAUCAAAAUCCUUUCAAACAUUCCUAUCUAUAACCAUCCAAUAUCAUAUUGAUUUGAUAUCAGUUUAAUUAACAUUUAAACAUCAGUAUUAAGUAUACUUAUUGAUUAUAUAGUUAUAGUUAAUCAGACAGUCAGAGCGAAUUGCUCGACGUUUCUCAGGUCGAUUAAUAAUUAACCACCAGAGUGGUCAUUUAUAAAUAGUAACCAUAUUGCUAUGUCUACUUUCAUUUUGCCUAUACAAUGCAGGUAGCUAGUGUGGUUAUUAAAGGGUAUAUGUAGUGUACAAAGGACUUAUUCACGUCAUAACAUUUUAACUUCCUGUUGUACAGGAAUGAUUAAGCAUUUAGAAAUUCAAAAACUAUUCCCCAAAUGUUUCCAACAUUUGCCAAAGAUAGAAAACCCACCUCACGAAAACUAGUCUGAAUACAUACAAAAAGUAGCAAAUCCAAGGAUACCUGAUCACCGGUAAGUAUAAACUGCCGGGUAAUACCACAUUUGUGAUUACGACGUCGUCUGCCUUAUACACGUAGACGAUCGGUUGUUCUUCAUAUCCAAUCAGGUUCGAGGUUACAACUAUACAGGGUAUUAGUUCUCCAUUCACCUAAUCACUGCCAUGAUAAGAAUGUCGAUGUAUGUGGGGAUAAUCAGAUUAGGGUGUGUAUAUAUAUCACCUAGUCAGAUUACACGAAUGAAUGAGUUUUAAAUGAAUGAACGAGUGAAUGAAUUGACUGCAUUCUACAGUUUAUUAAAGAUUCAUAUUAUAAACUAUGUGGUAAUGAAUACGUUGGAAUAAAUUAUCCUUCAAUGAAAAGCAUUUGAAGUCUCAGUUUUUACAAUAAACAUUUUAUUUAUCACACAUGUGUCGUGUCUAUAACUUUGCACAUUCAAGUUACAAAUGUCAAUGUUUUGUUGUAAAUUUAUUCAAAGCCAUUAUAAAUUAUAGUUAUAAACUUAUUGUUUUUGUUUUAGUUACAAGUGUGCAAAUUUCUUUGUC